AUGAUCCGAUGGUACGUUUAUGCCAUCCAUGGGCUUCUGUGUGAAAUACUGUUUACGUCAACCUGGGACAUUUUUGCCACGAAGAGCUGGAAACUGAUAGGAGUCAGCAGCAUCUGGGCCAUUUUCAUAUAUGGGACAGCCAUUUUCAUAAUUGAAAAGAUGUCUUUUUACCUGCAAAGGAACUGUCCCCUCAUUUUUCGGUGUCUUGUAUAUACCCUGUGGACAUACAUCUGGGAAUUCUCUACAGGCUACGUGCUGAGGAUUUUUGAUGCAUGCCCUUGGGACUAUUCUCAUUUCCCUGGAAACAUCAUGGGCCUUAUCACAUUGGAAUAUGCAGUACCCUGGUACUUUGGCUGUAUGAUAGCAGAGCAGGUGGUCAUCAAAUACACACUCAGGUUACAGUUACCUCAAGAUAGAAACCAAGCAAAAUACAAAUGA